UGUUCCGUUAAAUUCAAGCUACUUCAUUAUGUCGUCGAGUUCACUCUUUCUUUCCCAAGAUGCAGAGCGAUAGGGGUUCAAGCCCAACGUCGCGCACGGCCAUCCACGUCGGUACACCGCACCAGAGCCCGCCGCCGUGCAAGCUGAAGAAGCAGCCCCCGUCAUGCGACGACUUUGGCGUUGCAUUCAUCUGCGCCCUGCCAAUCGAGGCUGCCGCAAUCAUUGCGCUCUUCGAUGAGCAAUGGGACUACGGAGCGCUGGACAAAGCUGACACCGACACCAACCAAUACUCCCUCGGCUCCAUCGCCGAAUGCUGCGUUGUCCUCGCGCACAUGCCCGGCAUGGGCAAGGUUGCCGCCGCGACUGUGGCAGGAAACCUCCGGUCCAGCUUUCGCUAUCUCAAACUCAUUCUCGUCGUGGGCAUCUGCGGCGGUGUCCCGAAAGCACCAAGCAAGGCCUGGGAUGAGCUACUCCUGGGUGAUGUUGUCGUGAGCACCGGCCUUGUUCAGUACGAUUUUGGCCGGCAAUUGCCCAACCGCUUUGUCCGCAAAGACACAGUCGAAGACAAUCUGUCGAGACUGUCCGUUGAGGCCGGUUGUAUACUGGCCAAGCUGCGGACCGAACAAGCCAGGGAGGGUCUUUGCCGUAGCAUGUCACGGCAUCUUGGUACCAUCCAGAACCGACUUGGAGCUAAAGUCGCUUACCCCGGAAGAAGCAACGACAUGCUCUUCAGAUCAGACUACCUCCACAAGCAUCACAAAGUCGGCCAAUGUUCUGUGUGUGCCGGAGAUGUGGCCGCCGUCUGCGACCAAGCCUUCGAGAGGAGCUGUGAGGAGCUCGGCUGUGGUCACUUACCAUCGGAUCUGAUACCUCGCCUCCGGCCGGAACAUGAGCUGGACCCUGUUGUGCACUUUGGCCUUUUCGGCUCUGGAGACACCGUCAUGCGAUCCGGAACGGACCGCGACGAGAUAGCUGACCGGAACGGUAUCUUGGCUUUUGAGAUGGAGGGCGCGGGCCUGUGGGAGAUGCUGCGGGUUUCUUCUUGCCUCAUCGUCAAGAGUGUCUGCGACUACUCGGAUAGCCACAAGAACAAGUCGUUCCAGGGCUACGCCGCGGCGGUGGCAGCGGCUACAGCCAAGGCUUUGCUCCAGUGUUGGACUGCAUGUAUGCCCAAAUCCCUGCAGGCGCGCCAUCCAAGUCGAAGGCCACCAAGGAACAGGAGGCCGCCCCUGACUGCCGGGGAAAUCAGAGUGCUGAACAGACUCAAAACACUGCCAUAUUCAGAUCGGAAAGAUCGGAAUCCACGCCGAGUUCCGGGUACCUGCGAGUGGUUCGUCCGACAUAAGCUCUUCCGCGGCUGGUUGGAAGGCGUCGAUAGCCAGUCCAGCGCUCUCUGGGCAUCUGCUGAUCCUGGAUGUGGAAAAUCAGUGCUCGCUAGAUACCUUGUCGACAAUGUUCUUCCGACUAGCGAAACCAGAACAACGUGCUACUUUUUCUUCAAGGACGACUUUGAGGAUCAAAAGAGCGUGGUGGACGCCCUUAAGUGUAUAUUGCACCAGCUUUUUACCCAAAAACCCGUGCUAUUCUCCGAUGCAAUUCGCGCCCAGAUUGAGGCGGAGGAGGACAAGCUGGCCCUUUCAUUCCGUGACCUUUGGGACAUUCUUCUAAGAGCGGCUGACACCGAAGACGCCGGGGAAGUACUCUGCAUCUUUGACGCUCUUGAUGAGUGCGGAUUGGAAGACCGUUCGAAGCUCACGGCUGCUCUGAUUGACCUGCGACACACCAAGAAGGCCCCGAAUCUAAAGUUUCUUCUGACCAGCAGGCCUUAUGGCACCAUCCGGCGCAGUUUUCAGCUUCCAGACGCUCCAGAUCUCGCAGUCAUCCACCUGAGCGGAGAAGACGAAGCAGAGAUAGAGCAAAUAUCCAGAGAGAUCGACAUCUUCAUCAAAGCCAGGGUUCAAGGCAUCGGGGCCAGACUUAUGCUUGGCGAGGAACGACAAGAGCUCCUCCUUCGCAGUCUCUUAAAUGUCCCGCACCGGACCUAUCUUUGGGUGUACCUCACUCUCAGUUUGGUCGAAAGUGACGAGAACAUUACCAAGGGCAAGAUAAGACAGACUACUUCGCUACUCCCACGGUCUGUUGACGAAGCCUAUGAGAAAAUCCUCUCUGCCAGCCGGGAUCCAGACGAGGCUCGGAGAGCCCUGCACAUAAUUGUGGCGGCGAAGACGCCUUUGACGCUCGGCGAGAUGAACUUUGCCUUGACACUCCGGUCGUCACACCGGUCAUACCAUGACGUUGACCUUACCUCCGACGGGUGGUUUCGAGAGCGGCUACGGGAUAUCUGCGGUCUUUUUGUGACGGUCAUCAACUCGAAGAUCUAUCUGCUUCACCAGACUGCUAAAGAAUUUCUGGUGAAGCCCGACCGGGAGGAAGAACGCAUCCUGAAGCUCAGAUGGAAACACUCCUUGGAUCCGUCCGAAUCACACCGCAUCCUGGGAGAGAUCUGUCUCUGGAACCUGCAGUUUCCUGAACUGCACAAGCAUAUGGACAUCGGAUUCUGGGACAUUCGAGACUGCGUAAGGCACUAUCAGUUUCUCGAAUAUUCUACCGUUGCUUGGGCCAGUCAUCUGCUAGCACAAGAUGUGAAAAUUGACAAGCUACUGAUAGAGGCAAUACUGGAUCUCUACCGCCGAUGCGAUAGACAUUGUCCAUUUUGGUUUCAGCUCAUAGCGGCGGAGGCCCCUGCCAAUACUGUUUACGGCGUUACCCUUCCGACCAUUGCGGACGACCCGGACAGGACUCUGUUGAUGAUUGCCUCGUUUUUUGGGCUCGCUCCCGUCGUGGAGGCUCUCAUCAAGACGGGCGGCGGCGGCGGGCUUCUAGCUAGGGACAGUCAAGGAAGGACGGCAUUGACCUGGGCUGUAAUGUAUGGCCACCACGAUGCUGCCAGGAUAUUGAUCGAAUCUCAACCUGGCGUGCUCAGGGGCCUGAGUUGGCUAGGACUUUGGAAGCCGGCUAUCGUUGAGGCAGCGAAUAACAAGGGGGAAACCCCACUAAUUCACGCCGUCCUGGGUGUUUCGGAAAGCCUUACCAGACUACUCCUUGACAAGGGCGCCAAUAUAGAAGCGAGGGACGUACGGGGUGCGACUGCGUUAUGGCAUGCGGCAGGCGAA